AAAUUUCAAUUCAAAUUAUUAUAUAAAUUUUUUUAAAUUUUAAUACAACUUUUUAUUUGAAUAUCAAAUUGUAGAUGAAUUGACAAAUUUACUAAUAUUUGGCUUAUUAAAUAAUAUAUUAAAAAAAUUAAUGAAAAUAUUUUAGUAAGAAAAUAGCUAAAGAUAAUGAUAUUAAUUGAAAAAAAAAAAAAAAAGAUAAAAUCUUUUGAUCUUUUAUACAAAUUGAAAAUGACCUGUAUCAUUUACUACUUGUCAACGAAAAAUGUUGUAAUGGUCCUCCUAGCAUGCCUUGUUGCAAAAAGAUCUUGUGGACCGACCAAUCACAUUCAACAAAUGGUCCACUUCCAAGAUAUAUGGGGAACUUGCAUUUAUGCUCCAUUCAUUCCAUAGCUCUAUCAUCUCUCUCAGUAAUGGAUAUACAGCGCAUGCCUUCAUCUUCUUCCUUGUAUUAUAAAGCCAGUAAAAGUGCCAAUCCACCAUGGCCAACAAGUGGUCACCGACUAGAAAGAACAAAACUUUGCUUCAAGUAUUACAAAAUCUGUGGCAAUCGUAUGUGUGCCUGCAUAUGGCUGCAGCAAAAGACAUGGCCUGGUAUUCAAAGACCUAUUGUGACAAAGGCAAAGAAAGGUUCCAUAGAAUUGACUGAUGAGGAGGAGAAGAAUCCUGCUGUUAAGGUUGUAGCUGAUAAGAAAGGAACUAUUGCUGGUGCUGUUGCUCUUAUUAUUGGUACAAGUAUUGGUUCUGGGAUUCUUGCUCUUCCUCAAAAAGCUUCUCCUGCUGGAAUUAUUCCAAGUUCAGUUACCAUUAUAGUGUGUUGGGGCUUUCUCUUACUUGAAGCACUAUUACUUAUUGAAAUCAAUGUGGGUUUGAGGAGAAAGAAGAAGAAAAGAGGAGGUGAAGGUGAACUAGAUGUUAUAUCAUUAAGGACUAUGGCUCAAGAGACUCUAGGAGAUUGGGGUGGAACUUUAGCCACUAUGACCUAUGUCUUCUUGGGUUAUACUUCAAUGAUUGCCUAUAGUUCUAAAUCUGGGGAGCUCCUUUUCCAUUUGAUCAAUCUUCCUGAACCACUCUCAGGCUGUUUGUUCACUGCUCUUUUCACUAUGCUAAUCUCCAUUGGUGGCACUUCAGCCACUGAUCAAGUCAACCAAUGGCUCACUGUUACCAUGAUAGGUUUGCUGAUAGCAAUAGAGGUGCUAGCAGUUGUGCUUGGAGGGUGGUCAGGAUUAGAAGGAAGUUGUGACUGGGGAAAAGUCCCGACUACAGUUCCUGUAAUAAUCUUCUCUUUGGUAUAUCAUGAUCUUGCUCCUGUUCUUUGUGCAUAUUUGGGUGGUGAUCUGCCGCGACUGAGGGCUUCAGUUCUGCUGGGUAGCCUUGUCCCUUUACUGGGAUUGCUUGUUUGGGAUACAAUUGCACUUGGACUUUCAGCUCAGACUGAUCAAGUUGUUGAUCCUGUAGAAUUACUGAUGAGUGUGAGAUGGAGUGGGGUGUCAUACAUGGUAGAGGCCUUCUCACUUCUGGCAGUAGGAACAUCAUUAAUUGGCACCCUCCUAGGCUUCUCUGAAUUCUUCAAGGAGCAACUCAAGGAUCUUUCAUGGCAUUCAUCUGCUACACAAAUAUUACAGGAACGAAACAUGAUAUUCGUGUUAAAUAAUUGGUGGGAAAGAAAUAAAAUUAGCUUCACAGCAAUGGCAAUGGUUGUUGCUCCAACACUGCUUGUCUCAACCAAUGUUCCCGAUGCCUUCUCUGCUGCUACAGAUAUUGCUGGAGGAUACUGCAUGACAAUGUUGUAUGGAGUUCUUCCACCAGCUAUGGCAUGGGCAAUGUACGACAGAGAAAAGGAGGACACUAAAGAAAAAGUGUUAUGGAAAGCUAAGCCUGCACUUGUUGGAGUAUUUACAAGGAAAGCAAUCAAUUGGGAUCCUUUUCCAUUUCGAUACAGGAGAAAACUUCAAAUGCCAAUGAUGUUCCAACAAACUGAGAGAAUCUUACAUGUCAAUCUGAGGUCCUGCUACCUCGUUCGUUACAGCCAUGAACUGCCUGUAAUAUUUCACUUUCCAUGCUUGUUUUGUGAAUUGUGUUUGGCAAAAUCCAUGCUUAACCCUGAACUUCUCUGUUGUAUUUUAUUGAACCUUUUAAAUUUUUAUUUAUUUUAUUAAACCCUAGCACUUUAUUCUUUAUUUUAUUGAAGACUACUUCUACAUAUUUCAAG